AAUAAAAUUAAUCAGGAACUGCUGUGCUUAUCAUCUUGUUUUGUGAGAGAUUUCCUGUAGCCUUUGAUAAGUCAGCAGAAAAGGACUACUAAUCAUCAUGAAGUUGAAGCAGCGUGUGGUACUUCUGGCAAUUCUACUCGUCAUCUUUAUUUUCACAAAGGUUUUCCUCAUAGACAACUUGGACACAUCAGCAGCCAAUCGUGAGGACCAGCGCGCCUUCCAUCGCAUGAUGACGAGCCUACGGAUCGAAUUAGACCCACGACUUGAUCACACACUGCAAUCUCCUUGGGAGAUUGCAGCCCAGUGGGUGGUGCCACGUGAAGUGUAUCCAGAGGAAACACCAGAACUGGGCGCAGUGAUGCAUGCUAUGGCUACCAAGAAAAUCAUCAAAGCAGAUGUGGGCUAUAAGGGUACCCAGUUGAAAGCACUGCUUGUGCUGGAAGGUGGACAGAAAGUAGUCUUCAAACCUAAGAGAUAUCCCAGAGACUAUGUAAUAGAAGGAGAGCCAUAUGCUGGCUAUGACAGACAUAAUGCAGAGGUGGCAGCCUUCCAUCUAGACAGAAUCUUAGGUUUCCGACGGGCCCCACUCGUGAUUGGUAGGUUUGUCAACCUCCGGACAGAGAUCAAACCUGUUGCCACAGAACAGUUGCUUAGUACUUUCAUGACUUUAGGUAAUAAUACUUGUUUCUAUGGGAAGUGCUACUACUGCCGGGAAACAGAACCAGCCUGUGCUGAAAGAGAUUCCAUGGAAGGAUCACUCACUCUUUGGCUGCCAGAUGCCUGGCCUCUUCAGAAACAUCGGCAUCCAUGGGGCAGGACGUACCGGGAGGGCAAGUUAGCCAGAUGGGAAUACGAUGAGAGUUACUGUGAUGCUGUAAAGAAGACCUCCCCUUAUGAUUCAGGUCCACGGCUUCUUGACAUCAUUGAUACAGCCAUCUUUGACUAUCUGAUUGGGAAUGCUGACCGACAUCAUUAUGAAAGUUUUCAGGAUGAUGAAGGGGCCAGCAUGCUUAUUCUACUUGACAAUGCCAAAAGUUUUGGAAAUCCUUCCCUGGAUGAGAGAAGCAUUCUUGCACCUCUUUAUCAGUGCUGCAUUAUCAGAGUCUCCACAUGGAACAGGUUGAACUAUUUGAAGAAUGGAGUCCUGAAGUCUGCCUUAAAAACUGCUAUGGUUCAUGACCCUAUUGCACCUGUGUUGUCUGCCCCCCAUAUGGACACCCUGGACCAACGGCUUCUGAACAUCUUGGCUACCAUAAAGCAAUGUACAGAUCAAUUUGGGCCAGACAUUGUAUUGGUGGAAGAUAGAAUGACACUUUCCCAUUUGUAGCUUUAACAGAAACUGAUAGGGUUUAUUUUUUAAAGUAAUAAUAGAAAACAGCACAACUGGUUCUGCAUGGCUAUGGGCAGGAUAAACUGGAAUUAAAUAACAGAAUUUCUGCAUCAGAAGAAGAAACACUUGUAGUUUGAAAGCUCUGUUGAAGACAAGAAAGUUCCCCUCGGGUAGCCCUGUAUCUUUUUUUUGUUUCUGGAUUCCAUUGCUGGCAGUGGAUGUUGCACUGAGAGCCCUCCUGGGAUUCCCUGUGAAGAGAUGGGUAUUGGGACACUAAUACGGGCUUGUUCCAGAAAAGAUCUUAUUCUCCUAAUUGACUCCAAGUAUAAUCUUAGUAUUUUAGUCUAAUUCAGGGUUUUAAAGAAUAAGCUAUCUAGGCAUCCAUACUGGCCAUGUUAAAAAAAAAAAAGAAAAGUGAUGGAGGGGUAGGGCAAAUUUGAUAUUGAAAAGAUUUACUGUCUCUCCUGAUAGGUAUACAUCCAUGCAUCUUUUGCAGAAAUUUUCUAAAGGACUUCGUAAGGGAAUGUAUAAUUGUGUUUGGUGUUCUGUUAAAUCCAAAACUGCUGAAGGAGAAAGACUGUUCUAGAUUACUUUUGAAAUCUGUUGUCCAUGUACAAGGCUGAAAUUACUCAGGCCUGCACAAUGCUGCAAAGUCCUAACCAGAGAUUUUUGUGCAAAUCAUUAUGUUCUCAAAUGUAAGGGUUCUUGCUGCCUUGAACCUAAUAUUUCUCUUAAAAAGUGGGGCUUGAGCCAGUAUUUUAUGUCCUGUCAGUGCUGUAGAUUUCAAAAAACAAACAGGAUUUGUUGCUAACUUCUGAUCUAAACUGAAAAUCUAAGAAGACGUGAUGAAUGCCUGCGGAAGGGAAAAAUGUUUUAUCAGGCAGUUGCAGAUGCUACGUUGUCAGGCAUUCAGGAUAGUCUCAUUUCCAAGGUCUGAGCUGAGCUAAAGAUGUUUUUAGAUGCAUAUCUUCUUUUUUCUUUUUUUGAUCCAAGCUGUGAUUCCAUGGCUUUGUGACCAUUAUCAGGAAUUGUAAUUUGUGUUUCUAGUGUCAGAAAAUGUAUGUAUCUUGGUUUUAAUUCAUGCACCUGAUAGUCCUGCCAAAGAUAUUGGAGGGAAAUGUGUAGGAAACAAUUCUGUAUGUUAACUCCAAGGUUUAAUUCCCUGAACUAUUAUUCACCAACUGUAUUGAAAACCUCAAAGAUUUUCCAUGUUAGAUAAUGUUUCCGAUAGCUGUAUCCUGGAUGUCAGUUAACAGAAAUUUAAAUACAGGGUCCAGAUGUUU